ACAGGGAGGGAGGGAGAGCUGAGCUGUUGUGUUGCUGAGCUGCUGCUGCUUUCUGUCGCAUUGAUACAGUCACAUCGUCUCCAGUCACUCGCAGGCGACAGGCGAGUGGCAACGCUGUACUGCACACGAUUUUUUUGAGAUGGCAAAGUGACUGAGAGAUUCUAUCCAAGAUGAACAAGGUCAAAAUGACCACAGACAAAGGAAACUCUCGGAUCUUUGGUCUGCUAUCCCAGCUGGAGAAGACAAACUCUGAUUCGGCAUUGCUAGAUGUCGAUAAUGCCCGUCAUAUUACCUCCAAGAUUCUUCAUUUGGCUCAGACUCAAGAAAGAACGAAGAAAGAUAUCACCGCCAAAGGUUCAACAGGAAUGGAAGUAAUUCUCUCAACACUUGAGAAUACCCGGGACCUUCAGACCACACUGAAUAUCCUCAGCAUUCUAGCUGAACUGGUCUCUGUGGGAGGAGGCCGCAGAAUUGGUGUGUUGGUUUCCAAAGGAGGGAGUCAGGUUCUGCUUCAGUUGCUAUUUAGUGCCAGCAAAGAUUCUCCGACAAAUGAAGAGCUUAUGGUGCAACUUCAUUCUUUACUCGCAAAGAUUGGACCGAAAGAUAAAAAGUUUGGAGUCAAAGCCAGGAUUAAUGGAGCCUUAAGCAUAACUCUAGGUUUGGUGAAGCAGAAUUUACAGAACCUGAAGCUGAUUCUUCCUUGUCUGCAGGUCCUACGAGCAUAUUCUAGUAAUUCUGUUAAUGCAGUGUCCUUGGGUAAAAAUGGUGUCGUGGAGCUUAUGUUUAAGAUUAUUGCUCCUUUUAGCAAGAAGAACACUGGUCUUACAAAGGUCUCUUUAGACACAUUGGCGGCAUUGCUGAAGUCGAACACCAAUGCAAGACGGGCAGUGGAAAGAGGAUACCUUCCGCUUCUUCUCACGAUUUAUCUUGAUUGGCACCGGCACGACACUAGGCACAGACACAUGUUGAUUCGUAAGGGAGUUUUAACCUGCAUCAAAAAUAUCACCAAUAUCAAGCUUGGCAGAAAAGCUUUUAUUGAUGCUGAUGGGAUGAAGGUCUUGUAUAAUACUUCUCAAGAAUGCCUUUCAGUGAGAACACUGGAUCCUCUGGUCAAUAUAUCCAGCCUAAUAAUGAGAAAAUGCUUCCCUAAAAACCGUCUUCCAAUUCCAACCAUUAAAAGCGUCUACCAAUUCCAGUUAAAAGUGAUACCAGCAAGUGGUCCUGUAGCACAGCUUUAUAGCUUACCUCCUGAUGUGGAUGACGUUGUAGAUGAAAGUGAUGACAAUGAUGACAUUGAGACUGAAAUAGACAAUGAAAAUGAAGAUGAAGAUAAAGAUGAAAACCUGAAGAAUGAUGAUAUUGAAACCGAUAUUAACAAGUUAAAGCCGGUGCAAGACUUGAGGCGUCCAGUAGAAGAAUUGGAAGAAUAUGUACGUUUUUUCCCAGAGCUCACUGAAGACUUUCAGCCUUAUGAUCUUCCUGAAAAGAUGAGCCCGAACGUUUCAGGAACUGACGUGAAGCUGACCGGGCCUAUUGUCGUACCUACGGCAGGAGAGGAACUGUCUGCAGAUAGUGUGAUGAGAGCUCCUGCUGAAGAUAAGGACAGGCUGGCUGGACAGCUGUUUGUAUCCAAUGCUUGCCAAGCACCUGUGCAGGGCAAUGAAUUGGAAACACCUAUAAACCAGCAAAGCAAAGAGAGUAUCAAUGCUGCUAACUUGCACUGCUCUAAGCAAAAUGGAGAUACAUUGACAUCUUCACAAUACCAGGACAAUGAGAUCACAAAAAAAUUGAACAGUAUGUCCUUGCACUAUAAUAGUGCAUUUGGAAAUGCAAAGUAUUAUAACAAUGGUUGUGUGAGUGCAAAGGAGAGUAAACCCAGCUUUUUGACAUUGGGGCAAGCCUGCAGCCAAACGUGUCAGCACCUUUCAGGUUGUGGAAAGUCUUUAUUCACCUCCUCGUUUGGUGACCCGCAAUCUUGGCGGCAGGUUGGUACCCAGCUGGGCCAGUUGUGUUGCACUGGCAUAGACACUGAGGAUGAGUCCUCUUCAAAUUCUUCGGGGGAACAUGGAUAUUUAGAGGUCACAGACUCGGGGAACUUGCAACCACUGAAUGAUCCUGAUCUUUACAUUGAAAUUGUUAAAAAGACUAAAUCUGUUCCUGAAUACACUGACGUGGCGUAUCCCGAUUAUUUUGGCCAUGUUCCACCACCAUUCAAGGAGCCUCUCAUAGAAAGACCUUAUGGUGUACAAAGGACCAAAAUAUUUCAAGAUAUCGAGAGACUGAUUCAUGCAAAUGAUGUCAUAGAUAAGAUUGUAUAUGAUCUUGAUUUAAUAAGCUAUCCGUUAACUGAAGAUGGAGACACUCUGAGGUUCAAUUCACGAUUUGAAUCUGGAAAUCUACGAAAAGCAAUUCAAAUCCGAAAGUUUGAGUAUGACCUCAUCCUCAACUCUGACAUCAACAGUAACCACCAUCAUCAGUGGUUUUACUUUGAAGUGAGUGGAAUGCGAAGUGGUACUCCUUACCGAUUCAACAUCAUCAACUGUGAGAAGUCCAACAGUCAAUUUAACUAUGGUAUGCAUCCAUUAAUGUACUCUGUUCAGGCAGCCUUGAAUGGCAGCCCACAGUGGAUUCGCACAGGAACAGAUAUCUGUUACUACAAGAAUCAUUUUUCUAGAAGUUCAAUGGCAGCUGGGGGUCAGAAAGGGAAGUCUUAUUACACUCUGACAUAUACAGUGAAUUUUUCUCACAAGGAUGAUGUGUGUUAUUUUGCUUACCACUACCCAUAUACCUACUCUACCUUACAGAUGCACAUUCAAAAGCUGCAAGCGUUACAUGAUCCUCAGCAGAUCUAUUUACAAGAAGAUUCACUGUGUGAAACGUUAGGAGGUAAUCCUUGCCCAGUACUGACCAUCACUUCCAUGCCAGAGUCUAAGCACUGGGAACACAUUUGUCAGUUCAGAAACCGGCCUUACAUUUUCCUUUCGUCUCGUGUGCACCCUGGAGAGAGCAACUCCAGUUGGGUGAUGAAGGGCACCCUAGAGUUUUUAAUGAGCAACAGCUUGGCAGCUCAAAGCUUACGGGACUCUUACAUUUUCAAAAUUAUCCCCAUGCUAAACCCAGAUGGUGUUAUUAAUGGAAGUCAUCGCUGUUCUUUAAGUGGAGAGGAUCUGAACCGGCAAUGGCUAAACCCUAAUCCGGAAAUUCACCCAACAAUUUAUCAUACCAAGGGGCUCCUGCAGUACUUGGCCAGCAUACAUCGUACUCCUCUGGUAUUUUGUGAUUAUCAUGGUCACUCACGCAAGAAAAACGUCUUCAUGUAUGGCUGCAGCAUUAAGGAGACGGUGUGGCAGACUGACGUUAGUGCCUCCUCAUGUGACCUUCAGGAAGAUCUCGGCUACAGAACCCUACCAAAGAUACUGAACCAAAUUGCACCAGCGUUCUGCAUGAGCAGCUGCAGUUUUGUGGUAGAGAAAUCCAAGGAGUCCACAGCGAGGGUUGUAGUGUGGCGUGAGGUUGGUGUAGCUCGAAGUUACACCAUGGAAAGUACCUAUUGUGGCUGCGAUCAGGGGAAAUACAAGGGUAAUCAGAUAGGAACAAGAGAACUGGAAGAGAUGGGAGCUAAGUUCUGCAUUGGCCUUCUACGUCUCAAGAGGUUGACAUCGCCUGUGGAAUAUAGACUGCCUCGCAGCUUCCUGGAUGUGGAAAGGGAUUUGAUUGAAAACAGAUGCAGUGUCACCAGAUCACAAGAAGUUCGGAUGAAGAAGGCCCUUUGGACUAUUUAAUAUCAUCCGUCAAGAAUAUCAACCCAACCAUUUUCCCAUUACAGCAUGAAGCUGCUUUUUAAAUGAGUCCAGUGUGUUGGCCUCACUCAACUAUAACCCACUCCAGCUGGUGACAUUCUCUCACUAAAGAAAUACCUCCUCGUGUUUGACCUAUCAUUAUUCCUCACCACUCUGAAUCUGUGCCCUCUUGUUCUGCUGUCUCAACAUAUAUGAAAGUAUUGUUCUGGGUUUACUUUAUCUUAUAUAGUUCUCAGAUCUCCACUGAGAUGUCCCAUCAAGGGUGAAGACUCAUAGUUUAUCUCGUUAUUCCUAACAGAUCAUCCUUCAAACGAUGGUUACCAAUUUUGCUGUUCUCAUCUGCAUUGCCUCUUGGUCCUGGGCAGCCCCCUUAAGUCACAGUAACAAGUUCUGUAGGAGCAGCUUGACCUACGCAUGUAUAGCUUGAAUUUAGAUGCUGAACUCAACUAAUAUUGUCAUUUGGGUUAUUAUCAUGUUCACUUUGCUUCCUGCUGCUUCACACCAUUUAGACAUUGUGAUUGCCCAGUCAAUGGCUUGGUUACUUACUUUCAGUUUUCUUGAUAAACUCUAUGCCAUGCGUGGAGUGUGUGUGCCUCAUAUUUAUAUGCCCUAUAAAUACAGAACCUUGCAUUGUCUAUAUUGAACUUGAUGUGCCUGUGAUCAUUUCAGUUAUAUUACAUCUAUUUAAUGUGUAAUUUGAUGUGUAUAACUAGUUGAUCUAGUGUGUUACUACCAAGAGUUACGUGAUUAUUAAAGCAAAUUGGCUAUUUCCGACCAUGACUAUUUCCUAAUUUGGCAGUAUAUUUUUGAUGGAUUUGCUAAAAUUGUUUUGUUAUAGUGUAGUUUGUAGGACUCGGAUACAAUUAUAUAUUUUUUUGGCUGGUGCUUUAGCUAAAUAAAUGCUUUCGACAUGUUUACUUUGUCGGAUGUCAGUAGCCAGCACUUUCUGGGAAAAAUCCCAUUCUGUGAAGUUCUACAAAAUAAGAGUGCAUGUUCAUGUUUUUAAACUUGCAGCUGAAUUGUGUCCUUCUGAUCGACUUUCCACACAAAAAGAAACUGUUUAAGGAUGCAUUUUGCUGCUAUUGAAAAACCCGUAACUAGAAAUGGACAGUUAUUUGAACAUUACAUUUGACCUACUGUAAAAGUUCAAAACAGUGAGAUUUUUAUGUUUGUUCAUGUGUACUUGUAAUGUAAUUAUAAUACUGUGAUCCA